AUGGGGGCGAUGCCCCAGGCACCCUCCCCACAACCCACCACCCACACCCACUUUCUCGCGUCCGCGUCUCCAACACCGCAUAUCCCAAUGGACAUCGACGACAUCCUCGCCUCCGUCGACCGGGGCCCCGGCGCCAGCCCCGCGGCUGCGGGCAUCGACCACCAGCUCCUCACCCGGUUCUGGGUCGCCGAGCGCGCCGUCUCAGAGGUCCUCCCGUGGCCCGCGCCGCUGAUGGAGCGGAUGAUGGAUCGCGUGCGAUUGCAGAUCGAAACAAUCGAAGACCUCGCCGCCUCCUCCGCAGACGUCGACCCCAACACAACGCACAAUCCCAACCUAAACCUCCGCCUGUCGAUCCUCCAAACAGACCUCGCCCGUACCCAGUACCUCAUCCGCAGCAUUCUCCGCGCGCGUCUCGCGAAACUCACCAAGCACAGCAUGCACUACCUCGUGCAUCUCGCUUCGCGCACAAAGAACCCCCUCUCGCAAUCGCAAUCGCAAUCACAAUCGCAAAGCCAGAGCGCCGUGCCCCAGGACUCUGUCCCUGAUAUCUCUGCCGUGUCGGACUUUUCGCCGCUCAGCGCGCAGGAAUCGACCUUUGUGCAUGCGCACCAGAGUCUGUUGGCGGGGCAUUACGGGAGUGCGUUUAUGGGGGCGUUCCCGCCGCAGUUGAGGCGGUUGGAUGAUAAUGCGGGGGGCACGAGUAUGGUGCAGGGGCCGGAUCUGAAGGAGGUGGUCUUUGUGCGGUGUUUGGGGACCGAGGUGCCUGUUUUGGUGGAUGGGGAGGAGGAGGAUUUUGGGGUUACGAUGCGGAUGGGGGAUGUGUGGGUUGUGAGGUGGGAGGGGGGUGAAGGGGGCGUGGAAGAGGGGGAGGUGGAGUUAUUAUGA